UUAGACUUUAACAAGCUUGUUGCAGUUAAGUUCAUGUGAGGUCAUUUCCUAAAGCCUCCCCAAACCUGGGGAAACUUUAUGAUCAUCUUGGUACAUGGUGAGGGCUUCACAUGUUUUCUGAAUUAUGCCUAAUUUUGUAGUAGGUUAGAGGCUUUAUAUGAUAGCUUGUUUUUAACAGUAGGUGGCCUUGUGCAGAGGUUUUUUCCCCCCCAGGUUUGGGAUUCUCCUAGCUCUGCUCAGAGUGGGUUGAGAAGUGUUGUCUUUACUUGAUGACUGCUGUGAAUUCCAGAGUUUUCUUUCUUGUGUGUAACCCGUUGUGUUGCACACUGACUGGCGAGCCAGAAUGGAACUGCUACAUCCCCUGGUCUCAGUUAUUUCUAUUGCACUGAUAGGCACUUUUCCCUUCUUUCAGCAAAGUGCAGAAGAAAGUUCCAGUUCCAGGAAAAGAACCGAAGAAGGUGAUAUUCCCACACUGCCUACCUCACAGCAUAAAUGCAGAAAUUUUAGAGAAGAUGAAGACUUGAUAGAAAAUUUAUCCCAAGAUGAGACAUCUAGGCUGGAUCUUGGGUUUGAGGAAUGGGAUGUAGCUGGCCUGCCUUGGUGGUUUUUAGGAAACUUGAGAAACAACUAUACACCCAGAAGUAAUGGUUCAACAGAUUUACAGACAAAUCAGGAUAUAGGUACUGCUGUUGUUUCAGACACUACAGAUGACUUGUGGUUUUUGAAUGAGUCAGUAUCAGAGCAGUUAGGUGUUGGAAUAAAAGUUGAAGCUGCUGAUACUGAACAAACAAGUGAAGAAGUAGGGAAAGUAAGUGACAAAAAGAUGGUUGAAGUGGGAAAAAGUGAUGACCUUGAGGAUUCUAAGUCAUUAAGUGAUGAUACUGACGUAGAAGUUACCUCUGAGGAUGAGUGGCAAUGUACUGAGUGCAAGAAGUUUAACUCUCCAAGCAAGAGGUACUGUUUUCGUUGCUGGGCCUUGAGGAAGGAUUGGUAUUCUGAUUGUUCUAAGUUAACUCAUUCUCUCUCUACAUCUGAUAUCACUGCCAUACCUGAAAAGAAGGAAAAUGAAGGAAUUGAUGUCCCUGAUUGCCGAAGAACCAUUUCAGCUCCAGUUGUUAGACCUAAAGAUAUAUACAUAAAGGAAGAAAACUCCAAACUUUUUGGUCCUCGUAACUCAGUGGAAUUCUUGGAUUUGGCUCACAGUUCUGAAAGUCAAGAGACCAUCUUAAGCAUGGGAGAGCAAUCAGAUCACCUUUCUGAACAGAGAACAGAUACAGAAAACACGGAGGAUUGCCAGAAUCUCUUGAAGCCAUGUAGCAUAUGUGAGAAAAGACCGAGAGAUGGGAACAUUAUUCAUGGGAGGACAGGCCAUCUUGUUGCUUGUUUUCACUGUGCCAGAAGACUAAAGAAGGCUGGGGCUUCAUGCCCUAUUUGCAAGAAAGAGAUUCAGUUGGUUAUUAAGGUUUUUAUAGCAUAGUUAAAUGAAUGAAUUGCAGAGAAAUAUUAAAAGGGCCAGGUCAUAUAUCAAAACAUCAGUAUUGAGCAUCUCUACUCAGUAUGACCCACUGCAUGUGUUCAUUUAUUUAUGUAAAUGUUUGUGUUCUGGGACAUUUUUGCUUCUAAACUUAUAUGGAAUUUGAAAGCAAGUUCUUUAGAACUAGAUGAUCAAUUUGGGGACUCCAUUAUGAAAAGUCUACGUCAUUCUCCCUCUAGAGAUGAGGGACUGGAAGGGAACAACUGCCAGUACAAACAUAAGGAUGCAUUCAUUCAUUCACUUACCAAAUUAUUUGAAGAUUAAUCCUUUCUUUAGUUAAAUUUAUUCCCUGCCCUACUGUUAGGGAAUGUUCUUAGACAUCAAAAUCCAGGGUAGCUAUUAGAAAAAUCUUAGAACUAACAAGAAAAAAUAUAAUCUGAUUAGUAAAAUUUUGAAGUGCUGUACAUCACUUUAUGUUGUAGUCAGGCUGCAUGGUUCAGAGAAACCAAAAGAAAAAGUAUUGAAAAACAGGAUUUCUUCCAUGUAUGCCUAGUACAAUGGUUAUCAAAUAUUUUUGCUAACAUACCCAUAAAAUAAUUUUGAAAAAGCAUAUGUAGCUUUUUGCACAUUUUAGAAACUGAGGUGUAAUUAACAUAUAAUAAUGUGUUCCCUUCUGAUGAGUUGUAGAAUCUGAGUAACCAAACAAAACAAGCUAUGGAAUGUUUGCCACUGCGCAAUAUGCCCUUGUGCCCCUUUUCGGGCAGUCCUUCAACCGUUUCUUGGCUCAUCCUAGGUUUUCCUUUUGCACGUCUUUAAUUUGACAUCUAAAUUUUUAAAAUUUAAGUACUUACAAAGGAUAUAUUGUCCAAUAUAUUGUAUAUUACAUAUGUGCUUUAAAGAUAUUUUUAUCGAAAACUUAGAGCUUUAGAUGUAGCUGAUUAAAUUUAUAGAAAAGGUCCUGUCAUAAACUGGCAAAGCCUGUUUUUUUCCUUGCAUGUUAUUUCCAGCACCUGUCCUCAUUUUAAAAUUAAUCAGCCAAAUCAGAUUUAACUUUCAGUCAGAAAAUGUCUGACUUAGUUUUAAUUGAAAUAAAUGCAUUAAGAUA